GGGAUCUUCAGUGCAUUUCCACAGUGCUCAGUGUGAGGAUCCCCACCCUCAGCCUCUCACACGGAUCCAGCCUCCAGACUCUUUCUGCGCUGCUCAUACAACUGCAGUUGAAAUGAAGACCCAUAUGCUUCUCCUGUGCCUCAUGGCUUCAGCAUCUGUCAUGUGUGUCAGAAGCAAACCUCAUGCAAAACAUCAUGGCAUUUCCAAACAUUCCCAGUCACCUCAGGAGAAGGAUUCGGAUCCUGAGGAACCGAACGAGGGGAAGGGAUCCAUUCUACCCACUUUCCUCCCAUUUGAAGCCAGCAGCCAGGGGCAAGAGGAUGAGGAGGUGACCAUUGAGGGGGGACAGGCCAGCGAGGCGGUGGGCUUUGGGGAGGAGGACAACAAGGAGAGCGGCACCCCCGUUCUCCUGAGUGAGGAGGCACUGGCCCACCUCCUCCAGGGCUCUGAGGAGGAGCAGGAGGAGGAACAGGCAGCUGAAGUGGAGGAGGUGGCAGUAAAGGAGAGCGAGGAGAGAGAAAGUGAUAACGGAGAAGAGGUGAAGAAGAACGUAGAGAAGGAGGAGGAGGAUGGGGAGAAGGAAGGUGAGGAAGAGGCUGAGGGCCAGGGGGGGGAGGUGGAGAAAAGGGUAGAAGAGGCGGAGGAGGAGAGCAACAGCAGCACUGAGUAUGAGAUCCCCAUGGAUUUAGAUUAUGCCAGUGACAGUGAUGGGUCAGAACCUCGGGACACCAAGCUGGAGGAGGCUAAAUCCUCGUCCAGCGACGCUGAGGAUCAGCCUGAGAAGGAACACAUGCAGGAGGGGAAAGUGGAGGACCAGGAGCAGGAUGGCGAGGAGAUCCCCGCUGUCAUGGCCGACUAUGAUCCCGAGACCACAGGAGAGGACGCCGAGAUGCCCCCCAAAAAAGAGCUGGAGGAGGAGCUCAAAGAUAAAUCACAGGAGAAGGACACGUCCCUGGACAAGGAGAAAAACAGCAACGACAACAAACAAGGGGACGGUGAAGACGGGGACGAUGCCCUUCAGGAGGCCAAGAACAGCGUGGAAUUCAGGUCAGCACGCCUGCCAGGGGACGAGGGGGACAAGCAGGAGAAGCUCACCAACGAGAGCAGCAGUCACACCAAGGGUAAGGGUCGCAAGCAGAAGAAGAACCAGCGAAGGAAGGGGAAGGGGCAGAUGCAGGGUGACCAGCCCAUCCCGGCCGAGCCCAGCAACCCAGGGCACAGGCAGAUGCUUGGGCAGGAGAAGACCCCUGACACUGAUGACAAUGCUGUCCAGAGGCCUAAGAGAAGGAAGUCUGGGAAAUGGGCCCCUAUGGUGGGCAUGAACCCAGUCCAGAUCAGGGCCACGGUGGAGCUGUACCCGAGCCUGAGGCCACCCCCGACCCUGCCCGGCCAGGGCGCAGAAAGCAAUCCCUGUGAAAAUGUCAGAUGCAAGCGUGGAAAAGUCUGCAAAGUCAAUGAAGAUGAGAAGCCUGUUUGUGUUUGUCAAGAGGCAGUGGACUGCCCUACCAGUGUUACUGAAUUUGAUCAUGUUUGUGGGACAGACAACAAGACCUAUGACACAUCUUGCCAGCUGUUUGCCACAAAGUGUAAUCUUGAAGGCACAAAGAAAGGACACAGACUUCACCUAGACUACACUGGAGCUUGCAAAUUCAUCCCUCCCUGCCUGAGCACAGAGCUGGCCCAGUUUCCCCUCCGCAUGCGUGACUGGUUGAAGAACGUCCUGCUGCAGCUCUACGAGCAUGACACCAUGGCGCCCGGCUUUCUGACCCCUAAGCAACGGGCCAGGGUGCAGAAGAUCUAUGAGAGUGAGAGGCGACUGCAUGCAGGAGACCAUCCCAUCGAGCUCCUAGCCCAGGACUUUGAGAAGAACUACCACAUGUACAUCUACCCUGUGCACUGGCAGUUUGCUCAGAUGGACCAGCACCCCACAGACAGGUAUCUGUCUCACUCAGAGCUGGCUCCUCUCCGAGUGCCUCUGGUGCCCAUGGAACACUGCACCUCACACUUCUUCCAGGAGUGUGACGCAGAUAAAGACAAGCAGGUGUCCUUCAAGGAGUGGGGACACUGCUUCGGCAUCAAGGAUGAGGACAUGGACACUCACCUACUGUUCUAGUUACCUCUAUACCUCAUGCAUGGAGAGACAAGAGGACUUCUCCGACUGGUGCUGAGCAGACAGAAAUAAAGCUUCUCAGACUGUGAACUGUAAAGGGGGACAUUGCAAAUUCAAGAAGGAACAUGUGCUAAGUUCUUCUUGCCACUGUUUUCCACUUAGAUGGAUUGAAUGAGAAAUGUGGGUUUUUUACACUUCCAGAUAUAAUCCAAUGUGGGGAAAUGUAUCUACACAUGGCCAUGUUGUAUGAUGGAGUAUGUAGUCUUAGCUAGCGAGGAUUUUUUGUAAUUAAUGUGAUCUUGUAUAUCUAACCAUUAACCACAAUACUAUCUAUGUUACAAAAACAUUCCAAAGGGGGAAAAGUUUACAUUUUGUUCAUAUUAGAUAGAAUAAAGUGUUAAAAGAGUAUAUAUACUACUUAAUCAUUAUGCUGGAAUAUCAUGUUUGAUCAUUCCAUAUGGUGCUUUUACAUCACUGCUAUAAGAGCAGAAUAUGAAAUGGCACUAAAAAUAAAAAUGAAACUGAAAGAUCAAAUCGAUUACUGUAAGUUAACAGCAGUAGCUGUUACUAUGUAGUGUAAAGUGCCACAUAUUAUUUUACAUGUAAUGUCUGAUGCUUCCUUAACACUUCUAAUAAAAGCCUUUGAAUA